AUGCUCAUCUUGUACCCGGUCUUCGGCCAGCCGCGGUCACCGGCGCGCCAGCGGGCUCUGGAGACGGAGACAACGACGGCCACCGCGCGCGUGCCGCUCGGGCGGCUUCUGCUCGUGGACGCGUUCCGAGCAGAAGCGGAGCAGCAGCAGCCGGACGGCGGGGACAAGCGGGCAAAGACGUGCUACUGUUCGUGGUGCCCCGGGUCGCCGGCUGCGGUGGCAGCGUCAGCGUCAUCCCCGGCGCGCUGCCGGAAGAGCAGCUCCACGGGGUCGGUCCUCCGGUGGAGCCAGCGGCUCCUCGGCCGGAGCCACAGCGACGGCAAGGAGAAGUUCGUCUUCUUGGACGCGAGCCCCUCCCGCUCCAGGCGCAAGGGGGUCAGGGGCGGCGGCCCCGAGGGUGCCGGUGGCGUCGGCGGCCACGCGCACGUCUGGAGCUCCUACGCGCACAAGGGCGGUGGCAACGAUGGGCGCCGGAGGUCGUUCCUCCCGUACAGGCAGGACCUCGUCGGGCUCUUCGCCAACGCCACCGCGUUCCGGCGGACCUACCACCCCUUCUGACGCAUCCACGUACUGGAUCCGUAGAGCAUUUGAUCUGCAUGCAUGCUGUUGUUUGAGUUUGUACUUUGCUUGUUUGCUUAUCAU